AUGGACUUUGCUGCACCCUUGAGUGGAUUGCGAGUAGUAAUACGUCGCCGUGCAACAUCCACCUUACCCCUCCCUCUCUGUAUUGCCAACUUUAUGGUUUCUACGGAAUGGUUUAUUUAUGGACUAUUAGUAUGGGACUUUUACUUGAUUACCCCAAAUGGCAUUGGUAGUCUUUUGGCAUUUGCACAACUUAUUUUAUUUGUUGUCUUGCCCAGAAAGCCAAAACAGAGGCCUCCAUUUAUUCGUCUAUUUUAUAAAAUUCGACGUUGUUGUUCAACAGAAAAGGAUAUCAUUUCUACUGAUGUUGAGGCUAUUGCAGUUGUCUCAACAGAAAAAGACCCAGAAGACAAAAUGUCUUUGGGCAUAGAUAGAAUAAGCCACCAUCGUUGGUCUAGCCGUAUUCUUACAAAUGUGGUAGGGGAAGUUGAAAAUGCUAUUCAGAAAGUGCAGAUUGGAGAGCAAUUUGCCUAUUCACACAAACUGGACAAAUCAGCAGAUUCCUCGGAUUCUGGCUGUGCGGAAAGCGCUAAGACACUUUCACCUGAAGAACACCGUAAAAUUGAAGAACACAUACCUUCAACCAACACCGAGGAGGAAGAGAUUGACACGUUCAAUGAAAACGAGAAUGCCUUUGCUGAAAGUGCAAAAUCGAUGAGAUUGAGUGCUAAACACUUACAAAAGCUGGCAGCAACAUUUGGGGGGUCUGGAGCUGAAAAUUUGGACUUGGGAGAGAGUGGUGAAUUAGAUUCUGUCUAUGGACAUUCUGUUAGAAGGCAAUGUGCUAGUGCUAUGAGUGAAUCUGCAAAUACAGAUAGGCUAUCAAAUUCUGGCCUUUUCCGCCUCAGUCGACGCCUCUCAGCAAAAAUUCAAAGGACUAUUCAUCAACAGGAACAGCCUAAGAAACGUGCAGGAUAUAUUGGUGGAUUUGGCUAUUCGCUCCAACAACAUCAUUAUCGUGCAUUGCAUCCGAAAACAGAUCAGGAACAAACUGAUGGAGAACAUGAUGAUGUGCCAAUAAUAGUUGAGACAGAUGAGGAUGUUGCAUCAAACAAGCACCAACGAUAUUUAAAACGAGCUAAAAGCGAGCCUUCCCUAGCAGCUAAACAGCAUCACAAUAAACAUUUUAAAAAAAUUAAAGAAGAAAAUAAAGCCGAAGAAAAUCAGCAGAUUGAACAAGAAGUUUUGAAAGAAGGUGAGAAACAAGAAACAAAUUCGGUUAAGGACGAUAAGUGUUUGUUGGGCUGAAAGUUUUUUUAAUUUUUAAAAGCUUUUUCCGAUUAUUUUUGACUUUGAAGUCAAAAUUUUAAUUUUUUUUGUUUUAUUUUUAAACAAUAUUCCUAUUUGGGAUUGCCAUAAUUUUCUUUUUAUCUUUUACUUUUCGUUCAUCUAUUUUUUAUUAGACAAGCAACUCGGUCCUAUAAACUAAUUUAAAUUUUUCUGAAAACUAUUUCCUGAUAAGGUCGUAACUUGAGAUCGGAAUGUGAGUGUCGCAUGAGAACUGGGAGUGGGAGUGUCGCACUAGGACUGUGUGUGUCGCACUACCUCAAUGAAGAGCUCAGUCGAAAAAGCUCUACCUCAAUAACGAAGAUUUUUGAUGAAGAUAC